UAAUUUAAAUGACAGACAGCAUCUCUACCAUUUUUUUUUUCCACCAAAGGAGAAUUUUGAAUUUCAUUUUUCUUGUUUCCAAUUCGAAUCGCCUUAAAUCCGUUCCAAUUCAGUGAAAACAAUUAAACAACGAUGUGAAUGUCCUUAAUACGCAAACAAUAGCUUGGAAAUGAAUGGGAAAAAUUAAUAAAUCAAAGUGGUAAAUUGUGCAAGAAGACGAAGGCGUAUUUAUGGUGGCAAGAUGAAUUCCGAAAUCGAUAUUCUUGAAGUAAUGUCAUCAAAGUUUAAUGAAAGUUCACCGGAGAAUAACAUUGAAGACAUUGCCAUCGCCGACGAUAAAACAUUGAAAUGGAGACGAUUGAAAAACAAUAAAUUUGCGUCUGCACGUCGUAAGUCAAUUGGUGAGGGUGUUGUAAAAGAAGAUAAAGAUAGUUCUGUCACGGAAAGAGAUAAGCAAAACGAAAGUGUCUCAGAAAAUGAUAAAUUCAAUCGGGUGUUGCGUCGAAAUAAACCAUCCAGUGGAAUAUCGGUGGGGAAAAAGGAUCCAGCGGAAAGAAAGGAUAAAAUUGUUAAAACUCGAGGAUCAUUUAGUGGACGUGGUAGGAAGUCAUUGAACAUUGCUCAACCCACCGAUCAAACGAAAGAGCUAGACGCAUCGACUGAAAUUGUCGACAGUGGCGAGCCCAAAAUCGAACAGGAAAACGGUGAAAAAUCAGAAACUAGGCUCAGGCGGAGCGAAAGAACACAAUUCACUUCUCCACCAAAGUCCGAAGACACGAUUACGGAAAUAAAAAUCGAAAAGAAUUUAGACAAAGAACUUAUCAUAGAACCACUGCCAGCAAGCGAAACCAUUACUACGGAAGCAGAGAAUGUUGACAUUGAAGUGAAGACAUCGUUAAACGAAGCCAGUUCAAAUGAAAAUGUUACAAAGAGCAAACCGGAGCCGUUGAAACGCGGACGAAAGAAAUUGAUUCCGCCGUCCUCUUCGAAUGAUACCGAGACUCAGCAAACAGAACUAAAAGUGCUGGAACAGAGCCCACCAAGUUCAAUAAACGAUGUAGUCAUCAAGGAUGAAAUUACUGAUACGGAAAUAUCUGAGAGCAUAAAACCCUCCGAAAAUGAAGUGAAGAUACCAAAGAAACGUGGCCGAAAGCCAGGUACCAAAUUGAAACCAAAACAUGGACUCGACGGUAAAGACCGCAAUUCCAUGCCCGUGAAAAAGUCUCGCCGAAUCGCCAAAGAUGGUAACGACUCGAUCUUAGCGACGGCAAUUGCUCGGAAAGAAAAGAACAACGAACACCCAGUAACACCGCAACGAUUGUCACGUCGCAUAAAACCCACACCAAAGAUCCUUGCCAACGAAGAACUUCGUUACGGUUUCGAAGUACAAAAUAAUGCGCGCCUUUCGAUAAGCAGUGAAAAUUUGGACAAAGACUUUGCGGAACUGUCCCCACCAAAAUCUGAAAUUCGUCGUAGUCGAUCCAUCGAAGACAAGAAACCGUCGAAUCAAUCAUGUGACGACCAAAAUCCAUCGACAUUCGACCAGUUCGACGCGAAAAGUGAACAGAACAGCAAGCCAAUACCCCAACGACCAUGCCCCGAUCCGAUUGAGUUUCUCAACGAAAUCAAAUUGGCUAAAAUCAAUUUGAAUCGCUCGCCGGAGGACAACAAGAAAUUGAACGUAAAACAAAUGCGACGGCUGAUCAAGAAGAAAGAGAAACAUUUCAACAAGCUCGGUCUGCAACGAACCAAUCAGGCGACGGACACGGAAGGUUCAAGCGACGAUUCGGAUGCAGACGAAUUCGUUCCGGCGAAGAAAAUUCAAGUGUCCACUCGCACCGGUGUUACGUUACGGUUACGCCGACCUACUCCGGAUAGCAAAUUGGAAAAGAAACCGGCUAACGAAGCAACACCGACCAAAUGGGACGAGGAUAAGCAAUCCAGUAAUGAUUACGAGAAAGCAAACAACACAAAUACUCGAACACUGAAACGAAAAUGCGAGAACAGCCUAAUCUCGAGCACUAAGCAUAAACGGCACAGUGAUGCUUCACGUCCGAUCGACGCCGAUCCGGAUGAUUCCAAGUACGCAAAGAGCAAGGCGCUGGACACAAACAUAUGCCUGUGUAACAAAUCGUCGAAUUACUACACACGAAAAACGUUGGACAGCCACUGUCGUGCAAUCGAUGAAAUUGAUGACGAGCACAUCGGAUGUGCGAACGAGGUUGACGGUGAAAUAUUUAAGCUUUACAGGCCAAGUGUACGUGCUCUGUACAUGAUUCUCUGCAAAGAUCACCGAAAACGAUUAGCCGCUCACAACAGCUGCGCUGGAUGUGGCAUAUUUUGUACCCAGGGCCAAUUUGUCUUGUGCUCCAAGAAUCAUUUCUUCCACCGAGACUGUGCCAUCAAGUAUAUACUGAAUACCCCCUUCGAUCCUCAAAAUAACAAGCUGACCUGUCCUAGACUGUUGUUGAAGUGUCCACAUUGUGGAAACGAUGCACCUCUACACGAAACGACGAUAACGAUGAAAUGUAAGAAUAUUCCGGUAUUCCUACCGAAGCAGAAAAUGUUCGAUACGUUGUCUGCCAAAAUGAGUAUCGGUGCGCAUACCAGUAGAAGUGCACCGGCACCAACUUCAUUCGUCGACGAUUUGGCCAGUACGAUUCCGGCAUCGAUCAACACUUUACUCAAUAAACUGAAAGCGAAGUCGAACCAUACGAAAUCCAUUGCAUUCACCACCAAAGAUGUCUUGUACGCUGUCCAUGGGAAGGAUGUCGAACAGUUGGCUGAAAUUAUCGUUAACGGAUUUGACAUCGCCGCUCCAUUGCCGGAAUUCCGUAACGGAACCUGCUUGCACUUGGUGUCGAGUUUCGGCGAUGUGACGAUGGCGUAUUUGGUUCUGAGCCGAGCCACAUCCUUGGAGUUCCUGAAUGUGGUGGACUCUGAAAUGCGAACGGCAAUUAUGUGCGCUGUUGUGGGCGGCAAGAAUGACAUCCUAAAGUUGCUCGUACAGUUCGGAGCCGAUGUUACAGUCAAGGGACAGGACGGUAUGACGGCACUUCAUUUGGCGGCGAAAAAUGGUAAUAUUGCCGCGGUGGAAAUAAUACUCGAACACCGUCGUUCUGCUGCCAGUCUGAACGACUUUGAAAAGUUUAUCAACUACGUCGACCAUGGUGGUUGGACGGCCAUAGUGUGGGCAGCGGAAAUCGGUCAUGCUGCAAUGGUCAGUUGCUUUUUGAAUCAUGGUGCCGACACGACAAUCCAAGACACCGAAAGGAAUUCGUUGUUACACUGGGCUACCAUUUCAAAUGACAUUGAAACAGUUGGACCGGUUCUGUUGAAUGGUGGCUGUGACGUUAACGGGCAAAAUAAGAAUGGUGACACCGCAUUGCACAUCGCUUGUCGAAAUUCGAAUUUGAACAUUUGUAUGCUACUGCUGGCCUACAAAGCCGAUCUGGAUAUUCGAAAUAAAGAAGGAAAUCGUCCGCAUGACAAUGUUCGCGACAAGGAGGGUAGUUGUGGUCGUGUCUUACGAUUCAAUUCAAUUAUCCGUAAAACUGUCUCGUCCACAGAGACGAAAGUUUUGAUUAAAGACAUAUCAAAGGGUCGUGAAUUGUAUCCGAUCAAAGUAGUGAAAACGUACACUACCAAGGAGAAGAAACUGCGUGGCCUCGAAAUGGAUCAUCACAUGUUGCCUGAUUUUAAAUAUAUCACACGAUCGAUUGUACUGAACAAUUUCGUACAAAUUGACCGUCGUAUCGCACAAAUGAGAAUAUGUUGUUGCUCGGACAAUUGCAUUUCGUCCACCUGUCAGUGCAGCGACGUUUCAGAUCAGAACUACUACACUGCCGAAGGUCGCUUGAACGACCAGUUCAACUAUAAAGAGACCAACAAACCAAUGAUAUUCGAGUGCAAUGAUGUGUGCGGAUGCAAUAAAUUGUCCUGUCGGAAUCGUGUUGUCCAGCAAGGUAGCCGAUGUGCAUUGCAGAUUAUCGCAUGUACGCCCGAAUCGAAGGGUUGGGGUGUGAUAGCAUUGUCGAAAAUCCUGAAGGGCACAUUUGUGGCUGAGUAUACGGGCGAAAUUUUGAACGACUCGGAAGCGGAUAGACGGACUGACGAUAGUUACUUUUUUGAUCUGGGAGCGUCUGAGCAUUGCAUCGACGCUAAUUUCUACGGGAAUGUGUCGCGAUUUUUCAACCAUUCGUGUGAACCGAACUUAGUUCCCGUACGGGUGUAUUUCGAUCAUCAAGAUUUAUGCUUUCCAAAGAUUGCCUUCUUUGCAUCACGCACUAUUGACGCUGGCGUUGAAUUAUGUUUCGACUAUGGGGAAAAGUUUUGGAUCCACAAAAGUCGAACAUUUACAUGUCAUUGUGGCACCAAGUCAUGUCGUUUCUCGGAGCUGACGAUGAAGACAACAUUGGAAGACUACGUGAACGAAAGGCGAGCUGACCGAUCGGACAAUAUUUAAGAUCUUAUUUAUUUCUCACGUCUAUAUA